AUGUCGACCGCGGUCCUCCCGCAGAAGCGGGUGCUGGGAGAGUCCAAGACUGGGCCGAACAUCCCGCCCACGACGCCCUCGUCCGCCAAGAAGCGCAAGACGGACAUCUUUUCAUCAUCGCCAGCUGUGUAUUCAGCGUCGAAAAAAGACCCACGCUCCAGGCUGCUAGGCUCCAGCCAACCCAAGAGCGUGUUUGAAUCCGAGGUGCUCGAGAAGCUCAGCCAGGACAUUUCCGAGCGCAAACAGAACAAUACAGAAAAGGACCAGGCCUGGGACCGCCCGCCGGUCAAGAGCCUAGACAUCGCCAAUGACAACAUAUGCUUCCAGUCGAUCGAUGCCGAAGAGGGCACGCUGCACGGCGGCCGCACGACGGUCAAGCUCUUUGGCGUCACGGAGCAGGGCAACUCGGUCAUGCUCCACGUUACCGAUUUCAGACACUACCUCUACGUUCCUGCGCCGACAUCCUUUCAGCCCAAGGACUGUGCCGCGUACAAGGCGUUCCUGGAGCAGCAGCUCGCCCAGCACCAGCCCGCGAUCCACUCGGUUGUCCUGCGUCUGCGUGAGGACAUGUUUGGCUUCAACGGCAACGUCCAGAGCCCGUUCCUGCAGGUCACCGUCACCGACCCCAAAUUCAUCAACAGCGUACGAUCGACGAUCGAAGCCGGUAAUGCCAACUGGAAGGGCAUGUGGGGCAGCAGCGACGGCGGCAUCAUGACCUACGACAAUAUCCAAUACGUCCUCCGCUUCAUGGUGGACUGCGGCGUUCGGGGCAUGGCCUGGGUCGAGGCACCUGCAGGCUCAUACAAGCUUAUCCCGGAGCACGCCAGGCAAUCGAACUGCCAGAUUGAGGCCGAAAUCAACUACCAUGAUCUGAUUGCACACAAGCCAGAAGGCGACUGGGCCAAGAUGGCACCGCUUCGUAUUCUGUCGUUCGAUAUUGAGUGCGCUGGUCGCAAAGGUAUCUUCCCAGAGCCUGAACAUGACCCAGUCAUUCAGAUUGCCAAUGUCGUCACUCGUUAUGGUGAAAAGAAGCCAUUCGUCAGAAACGUAUUCUGUCUCGAUACGACGAGCUCUAUUGUCGCAACCCAGGUCCUCGAAUAUGAAAAAGAGGCCAAGAUGCUGAGCGAGUGGCAGCAGUUUCUCAUCAAAGUCGACCCCGAUAUCAUCAUUGGCUACAAUAUUGCCAACUUUGAUUUCCCAUACCUCAUCAACCGAGCCAAGCACCUCAAGGUCAGCGGCUUUGAAUACUGGACUCGACUACCCAGCAUUCCCUCCAGAGUCAAGGAUACCAGCUUCUCCAGCAAGCAGAUUGGUAACCGUGAUACCAAGUCGACAAAUACCAACGGGCGCCUGCAGCUUGAUCUACUUCAGCUGAUUCAACGCGAUCACCAUCUGCGUAGCUAUACGCUAAAUUCGGUCUGCGCCAACUUCCUCGGCGAGCAAAAGGAGGAUGUACACCACACCAUGAUUACAGAACUCUUUAACGGUACCCCCGAAUCUCGUCGACGUCUCGCCAUUUACUGUUUGAAGGAUGCAUACCUCCCACAGAGAUUGAUGGACAAGCUUUCGUGUCUAGAAAACUAUACCGAAAUGGCUCGUGUCACAGGUGUUCCUUUUAACUUUUUGCUUUCGCGUGGCCAACAAAUCAAGUUUGUCAGCCAGCUGUUCCGCAAAGCCCUGGAGCAGAAGUUGGUCAUUCCCAACAUGAAGGGCGACCCUACUGAUGAUCAGUAUGAAGGUGCAACCGUUAUUGAACCCACGCGAGGUUAUUAUGACGUGCCGAUUGCGACUCUCGAUUUUGCUUCGCUAUAUCCCAGUAUCAUGCAAGCACACAAUCUCUGCUACACAACGCUCAUCACCCGAAAGGACAGAAUAGCACAGUUUAAGCUGGUCAAGGACGAAGACUACAUUGUCACACCGAACGGUGACAUGUUUGUGACUACGAAACAGCGCAAGGGUCUGCUGGCUCAAAUUUUGGAAGAACUUCUGUCGGCCAGAAAACAGGCCAAGCGCGAGCUUGCAGUCGAAACCGACCCUUUCAAGAAGGCUGUGUUGAACGGUCGUCAGCUGGCUCUGAAAAUCUCCGCCAACUCGGUCUACGGUCUCACCGGCGCUACAACUGGCAAGCUGCCUUGUUUGGCCAUUGCCAGCUCCACAACAAGUUUCGGCCGUCAAAUGAUUGAAAAGACCAAGGACGAAGUGGAGAAGAAGUACUGCAUCGCCAACGGUUAUUCACACGAUGCGCAAGUCAUUUACGGUGACACGGAUUCCGUCAUGGUCAAAUUUGGUACCAAAGAGCUGGCUGAGGCGAUGAAGCUGGGCGAAGAAGCGGCUUCGUUUGUCUCGUCCAAGUUCAUCAAACCGAUCAAGCUGGAAUUCGAAAAGGUCUACUUUCCGUACCUGCUCAUCAACAAGAAGCGCUAUGCUGGUCUGUACUGGACCAAGGCGGAAAAGUACGACAAGAUGGACACCAAGGGUCUGGAGACGGUACGAAGAGACAACUGCUUGCUGGCACAAACAGUUAUCGAAAAGGUGCUGCGCAUGAUUCUCAUCAACCGUGACGUGCAAGGCGCUCAAGACUACGUCAAAGACACCAUUGCCGACCUACUCCAGAACAAGGUCGACAUGUCGAAGUUAGUCAUUACCAAGGCCCUGACUAAGGAAGACUACUCAGCCAAGCAAGCGCACGUGGAGCUGGCCGCGCGCAUGAAGAAGCGUGAUGCUGGUUCGGCGCCUGCUCUUGGAGACCGUGUCGCCUACGUCAUGAUUCGAGGAGCGGCUGGCGCGAAAAACUUUGAGAAGUCGGAAGAUCCCAUCUACGUGCUCGAGAACAAUGUGCCCAUCGACACCAAGUACUACCUGGACAACCAGCUCGCCAAGCCGCUGACGCGCAUCUUUGAGCCGAUCUUGGGCGAGACCAAGGCACGCUCGCUCCUGACGGGCGACCACACGCGCACGAUCUCGGUAGCGGCGCCGAGCGUCGGUGGUCUGAUGAAGUUUGCCAAGAAGACGCAGACGUGCAUGGGCUGCAAAAAGCCGCUGAAUGGCAAGACGGAGAGCCAAGGCGCUGUGUGCUCCAAUUGCGGGCCGCGCGUGGGCGAGCUCUACAAGCGGACGCUGGACCGCAUGUCGGAUCUCGAGAUUCGGUUCGGGCGGCUGUGGACGCAGUGCCAGCGGUGCCAGGGCAGCAUGCACUGCGAGGUGAUUUGCAGCAGCAAGGACUGUCCCAUCUUCUACAUGCGCAUGAAGGCCAAGAAGGACUUGGAAGAUGCUGGCAAGGAGCUGUCGAGGUUUGACGCUGACCAGGCUGCUAUUUGGUAG